AUACCAGUGAGUGUUGCGACGAGGUGGUACUGAAUUAUUCAAUUAAUUCAAUUAACAGGAAAAUGGGGUUAAGUGUUUUUGCUUUGGUUUUGUUCGCGAUUUCCGCCGUGUCUGGUGAAAAACAUGUUGUAUGCUACUACGGUUCCUGGGCAACCUACAGAUUAGGUCUGGGUCAGUUUAACGUCGAACAUAUAAAUACCGAUCUUUGCACCCACCUCGUGUACACCUUCGUCGGGAUUAACAAUCAGGGAACUGUUGUUUCCCUUGAUUCCUGGUUGGAUUUACCUGAAAAUUGGGGAAGAGAUAAUUUCGGUAAAUUCAAUGCACUAAAGAAGAUAAAUCCUAAUUUAAAAACCAUUUUGGCCGUUGGAGGAUGGAACGAAGGUUCAGCGAAGUAUUCUAUUAUGGCAGCAAAUCCAGCUCUUCGUAAGAACUUUGUCACGAGCGCUCUGCAAAUGGUCCUCAAACAUGGAUUUGACGGAUUCGAUGUCGACUGGGAAUAUCCCAACCGUAGAGAUACUGUCAAUGGAGAGGCUGAUAUAGACAAUUUCACUAUGCUACUAAAGGAACUAAGAGAAGCAUUUAAUCCACAUGGACUCCUGAUCACCGCAGCAUUAUCAGCUGAUAAAACUUCGGCUUCUUUAUCUUAUGAUAUUCCUGCUAUUUCUAAAUAUCUAGAUCUAAUUCACCUAAUGACAUACGACAUGUACGGAUCGUGGAACACUGAGACUGGUCAUAAUGCGGCUCUUCACAAGGGAGAGAGCUUCGAAAAUGUACCUAAAAAUAAUGUGCUUACAGUUGAUGUUGCUGUGGAAUAUUGGCUUUCCCAAGGAGCUCCACCAGAAAAGUUGGUCUUGGGAGUACCAGCGUACGGUAGGACGUUUGAUUUGGUCAAUGCCAAUGUGAAUGGAGUUAGAGCACCAAGUUCAGGAGCUGGUAUUAGUGGACCCUACACUCAGCAGAGAGGACACAUUGGCUACAAUGAGUUCUGCCACUUUCUCCGCACUCAAUCCUGGGAAGUUCGUUACGACGAAGAAGCCAAAGUACCAUACGCCGUUCAAGGUCACAACUGGGUGUCUUUUGACAACCCCAGUUCCAUAACCAAGAAGGUGGAAUAUGCCCUGUCACUGAACUUAGGUGGAAUUAUGUUGUGGAGUAUUGAAACUGAUGAUUUUCAUGGUCAGUGUGGUGAAGACUUCCCUAUGCUAAGAACUAUUAAUAGGGUCUUAAGAAACAAAAAUGUUUCUGAAAGUACAUCUACACCUGUUCCUAGUAAUGUUACUACUGAAGCUACUACUUCCGCAUCCAGCUCUACUGAAUCAGCUGCACCUACAACUACGACAGAACCACCCGUCACUGAAAUUCCAGAAGAUUCAAUCUGCAAGUCGGAAGGUUUCACUUCGAGCCCAGUAGACUGUUCAAUCUUUUACUUAUGCGUAACGGGAGUUAACGGGGAACUAAUUCCAACGUUAUUCAAGUGCCCUGAUGGUCUACAUUGGGAUAAUACACACAAGUAUUGCAAUUUUCCGGAUUUGGUAGAUUGUUGAAGACGUCGCCUGGUUACUACAAACUUUUUAACAAAAUCGAGCAUUUAAAAAAAUUGUAUUUUGAAAAUUUGGCAUUUAGCUGUAAAUUAUACCCAUUGUUGUUG